UUUUUCAUUUCCCCGGCCCCUGAACAUCUCUUCCUUCCUGGUAUCAAUGCAAAUUGCUGUCCCUCCCCACCCUCUACGUAACGCUGAGACCUCCCUCACCUGGACUGCACAGUCCCCAGGUCGGCCUUCUCUCUCUCUCUCCACCCCUAAACCCGUCCAAAUUUCGGGUGAACGGGCGACAGCAGACAACUGCGUGAACUGUGAGCGCCGCGGGCCGUCCACGCUCUGUCGCUGAACGACUUGGAGAAACAUCUGGGGUAUCAGUGCCCCAUCAAAAUGAAGAAAAUGACACCAAUGCACCUCUGGAUAGUGCUGGUCACUGCCUGGAUUCACCUCCCCCACAUUCCAAUCACAUCUGCUCAGCAGAAUAUCAACUGGGAGACACAGAGAUAUGAUGGAUGGUAUAACAACCUUGCCUUUCAUAGCCGAGGAGCAGCUGAAUCACCGUUUAUGCGCCGGUUGCCUGCUAGGUAUGCAGAUGGGGUGUACCAGGCUUUGAGUGAGCCCAAAGUACCGAAUGCACGAAUCCUCAGUAAUAUCAUAUCAAAUGGAUCAUCAGGACUUUCAUCCAUCACGAAUAGCACGGUGCUGAGUGUUUUCUUUGGAUACCAUGUAAUGUUUGAGAUUUUAGACACAAGGCAUCCUGCCUGUCCUCCUGAGUUUCUGGAUGUUGUGAUUCCGCAUGGCGACACGGUAUUCGAUCCCAAUGGGACAGAGAGUGUGAGGCUGCUGUUUCAACGCAGCGGGUGGGAUCACCAAUCAGGGCAUAGCCCCAACAACCCGAGGAACCAGGUCAAUGAAGUUACCGCAUGGAUAGAUGGAAGCUCCAUUUACGGAUCGUCCCAUUCUUGGUGUGACGAGUUACGGAGUUUCUCUGGUGGCCGACUUGCUUCGGGCUCGGACCCACUGCUUCCGAAACCAAGCACUGGAAAGUUGCCUAUGUGGAAUCACCCUGAUCCAGCCACUGGCCAGACUGGCCUUCAAGGAUUUUACGAUUUUGGAAAUGCAGCAGCCAAUGAAAGCCCAUUCAUCAUGGCAGAGAGCGUCAUUUGGUUCCGCUAUCACAAUUACCUGGCUUCUCAGUUUGAAGCUCAGAACUCCUCAUGGUCGGAUGAAGAUAUAUUCCAGCACGCCAGAAAGUGGGUGAUUGCCUCGUUCCAGAACAUUGUACUUUAUGAGUGGUUACCAAAAUACCUGGGAACAAACAUAUCUGAUUAUACUGGGUACAAGACGUUUGUUGAUCCUGGCAUCUCGCCCGAGUUUCAAGCUGCUGCCAUCAGAUUUAGUGCCAGUCUGGUACCUCCAGGGGUUUACAUGAGAAACAGGACUUGUGCAUUCCGUAAUGUCACCACCAUCGACAACAGGGGGUCUCCUGCACUUCGAGUGUGCAACAACUUCUGGAGAAGACAGAAGGCAAAUCUUCAAACCGGAACUGAUAUGGAGGAGCUGAUUUUUGGGAUGGCAUCUCAAAUCGCUGAGAAAGCAGACAAUAUUAUUGUGGAAGAUCUCAGAGACUACAUGUACGGGCCGCAGAGAUUCUCUCGAUCUGAUCUGAUGGCUCUCACCAUCCAUCGUGCCCGGGAUAAUGGUCUCCCAACGUUUAACACUGUGAGACGCGCCUUCCAACUUGCACCAAUUAACAACUGGACUGACCUUCAGCCCACAGCCGAGAAACAGGAGCUCUUCAGUAAGUUGGCCCAGGAAUAUGGCGACAUAUCUGAGCUCGAAUUGUGGCCAGGUGGACUGCUGGAGAGUGAUGGGGCGCCAGGAGAACUCUUUACUCAAAUCAUCGUCGAGCAGUUCCAACGCAUACGAGACGGAGACAGAUACUGGUUCGAAAAUCAUCAGAAUGGAUUAUUUACAGCUGAGGAAGUCGAUAGCAUUCGAAAUAUUACCUUCUUUGAUGUCCUGGUGAAAGCCUUAAACACAACAGAGAAUGAAAUUCAGAAGGAUGUGUUUGUACGGAAAGAUGGUGAUCCCUGUCCCCAGCCAAAGCAGUUGACCAUCGAUGACCUGGAGCCUUGUGUCGGAGCGACGCGUUUAGAUUAUUUUGAGGGAAGUGGAGCUGGCUUCGGGAUUAUCAUCGUCAUACUCUGCUGUCUCCCGCUAAUCUGCCUGAUCCCUGCGUAUGCUGUAGCUUAUUACCGUAAGACACAGUUUAAGAAACUUCAACGAAGGAACAGGCACGAGUCCAUAAUAAAGAAGAUUGAACACGGAGCAGGAAUAAAAGCCUGUGAGUGGCAAGGACCCAAUGAAGUGCUCCGACCAGUGGAUAUAUACUUUGAUGUCAAAGGCUGCAUCAAGGUCCUGGAUAGUAAGCGGUCUCCCAUCCGCAUCAUUCAUCUCACCAAGGACAUUGACAUUAUCAAAUCAAACAAUGACCAAAGGAUCCUGAUGAUUAAGGUUCCCAAAGAGUAUGAUUUGGUUUUGUUCUUUGAUGCAGAAGAGGAUCGUUAUGAUUUUAUUGAACAGCUGAGAGUUCAUCUACAGGCCAAUAAUACACAACUGAAUCUGAAGGAAAUGAGUCAGAAAGCCAUCUUAAAGGAAGCAGUUACUAAACAGCAACGAAGCAAGAUCUUGGAUACAUUUUUCCGACGAGUAUUUGCGCAGGUUCUGGAAAUUGACAGGUCAGAUGCUGGCGAUUUCACCACAGAAAUCUCACGCAAGACAAAAGAGUCCCUGAACUGUGAGCUGACCCGGGUGGAGUUUGCUGACGCGUUGGGAUUGAAGGACGAUUCCAUGUUUGUGGAGCAGAUGUUUUCACUGGCAGACAAAGAUGGGAAUGGUUACCUGUCCUUCCGAGAGUUCCUUGAUAUUCUCAUCAUAUUCAUGAAAGGGUCACCUGAAGAGAAGUCAAAGCUCAUGUUUCGGAUGUAUGACGUGGAUGGAAAUGGGUUCCUGUCGAAAAGUGAAUUCUCUGUAUUGUUGAGGUCCUUUAUUGAGAUCUCCAAUAACUGCUUAUCAAAAGCCCAGGCGGAAGAAGUUAUGGAUUCACUCUUCAAGGAGGCAGGAUUCCAGGGCAAGGAAGACUUAACCUGGGAGGAUUUUCAUUACUUGUUCCGGGAUCACAGCGAUGAGCUGGAGCUUGCUAAGCUCAAUGUGAAAGGUAUGGAUAUUCGAGAGAAACCAAACAAGUAUCACAGAGUCUCCUUCCUCAAAGUAAACCCAUACAAAAACAUGCAGGAGUCUGCUGUGGAAAAUAUUGGACAAGAGUUCCGAAACCGAGUCAACAAGAAAUCUCCUCACCAUCGCCCCAGGCCCUACACUGAAGCAAAGCGGGAAAAGUACAAUCGGAGCAAAGUGCACCAGAAAGUUCAACAGUUUAAACGUUUUAUUGAGAACUACCGGCGUCACAUAGUUUGUGUUCUGAUCUUCUACGGUAUAGCAGCUGGCGUGUUUGUGGAACGAGCCUAUCACUAUGCAAUUGGUGCAGAGACGACUGGGAUCCCACAAACUACAUACAUUGGCAUUAUCAUUUCACGUGGCUCAGCAGCCAGCAUCUCCUUCAUGUACUCCUACAUCCUCCUUACGAUGUGUCGUAACCUCAUCACUUUCCUGCGUGAAACCUUCCUCAACCAUUACAUUCCCUUCGAUGCUGCUGUGGACUUCCAUCGUUGGGUUGCAAUGUCGGCUGUUGUACUUGCAAUUUUACACAGUGCUGGACAUGGUGUGAAUGUCUACUCAUUCUGUGUCAGUUCCCUCAGCAGCCUUGCCUGCCUGUUCCCCAGUGUGUUCUUCGAUGAUGGAUCAGAGCUCCCACAGAAAUAUUACUGGUGGUUCUUUGAGACGAUUCCAGGAAUGACCGGCGUUCUACUUCUUGUUGUCAUGGCGAUUAUGUACGUCUUCGCCUCACGCCAGCUCCGUCGGAUGAGCUUCCGAGCUUUCUGGGUGACUCACCACCUCUACGUCAUUCUGUACAUUCUGAUUCUCAUUCACGGGAGUUCGAAUCUGAUCCAACAACAGAGUUUCUACUUGUACUUCAUUGCGCCUGGACUUAUCUACUUGUGUGACAAACUCAUCAGCCUCAGCAGGAAGAAGAAGGAAGUCACAGUAGUCAAAGCUGAAUUGCUGCCCUCAGGUGUAACGUACCUUGAAUUUAAACGGCCCCAGGACUUUGAGUACAAGUCUGGGCAGUGGGUGCGUAUCGCAUGUAUAUCCCUGGGUGCUGAUGAGUAUCAUCCCUUCACACUGACCUCAGCCCCAAAUGAGGACACCCUCAGCCUCCAUAUUAGGGCAGUGGGGCCCUGGACGACAAAGUUACGAGAAACCUACUCACCGGAGAAUGUCGGAAAUCUCGGAGGCAACCCAAAGAUAUAUCUGGACGGGCCUUUUGGUGAGGGUCAUCAAGAAUGGAACCAGUUUGAGGUGUCCGUUCUGGUUGGGGGAGGCAUCGGUGUGACACCAUUUUCAUCAAUUCUCAAAGACCUCGUCUUCAAGUCAUCUAUGUUCAGCAAGAUCGCCUGCAAAAAGGUCUAUUUUAUCUGGGUGACUCGGACCCAGCGACAGUUCGAAUGGAUGGCGGAUAUAAUUCGUGAAGUUGAGGAGAAUGAUAAAAAUGAUCUGGUUUCUGUCCAUAUCUACAUUACCCAACUCGCUGAAAAAUUUGAUCUCAGAACUACUAUGUUGUAUAUCUGUGAGCGUCACUUCCAGAAAGUGUCAAACCGCAGCCUAUUCACAGGACUUCGUUCUAUCACUCACUUUGGGAGACCCCAGUUUAUACCAUUCUUCAACUCACUACAGGAGGUUCACCCAGAGGUGGGAAAAAUUGGAGUUUUCAGCUGUGGACCACCAGGACUGACCAAAAAUGUGGAGAAAGCUUGUCAGCAAAUCAACAAGAGAGACCAGGCUCACUUCAUGCAUCACUAUGAGAACUUCUGAACUUCUGAUCAACUGAAAAGAUAUGCAGGAAGAUCAUAAUUUAUCCUCGCAAAAUAUAAUCACAGGACAUUUAAUUACUCAUCUCUGUUUUUUUUGUAUCGAAUUUGUCUCAUUCUUAUCUCUCAAUCAUACAUUUCCUCCUCAUCUGAUUUCAACACAAUUCAAAAUUGAAGCCUCCAAAUUGUAUUGACGACAUUGAAUGUGAUCACAUGCUGUCCACCACUAGGUGGUGCCAUUGUUGAUAUUUAUUCUUCGAGGGAUUGGAGGACCAACAUAACUAAAUUCAAGUGAAGUCUACAUUCUCCUCAGUUGAGCGGUUAUUUUAAAAAUGAUGUUCUGUAGGUUUGAAAUGUUUUGCUCGACUUACCCUUGAAGAGCUCAACUAGAUCGUGUUGGGCCAAUGAGCUUAUGUGUUGUACAUGGUUCUUUGGAAGCAAAGGGGCUAAUGGAACAAGUAAGAUUUUCCUCAAUAAUUCUCAUCUUCAUCUGCCAUUCAGACUCUGAGAAGUUGCAUGGGUACUAAUGUCUUGAUAAAUCUUUGUAGGGUCAGACAGUCAUAUUCUACCAAGUGAAGAACGUUGAGGGAUUUGGAUAGCACCAAAGGUAGAUGUAUUCUUCUAUGAUUAAGACAGAAUACUAUAAUGAGGUGGGAGUGGGGAAGCAAUGGCCUAAUGGUAUUCAAAAUUUGUGAGAAGAUUUGUAGCUCGGGUGCUUGUUGUUGUGGUUCUG